AUGUCGAUUAGGGAUGAUCCAAAUUCGAACGACAAUACUGAUACGAAAAAUCUCAGAUUAAAGCGUCGAUCGUUUUUGUUGUCUUCAAAUUCAGACAGUGAUUCUCUGCCAAUUGAUUUAAUCCUUGUCUAUGAUAGUGAAAACAAUAAAGAAAACGACGAAGUUGAAGACAGUAAUGGUAAGCAAGCUAGAAGAACGAAGACACCAUCGGAAAGUAGAAAAAAAUUUGAAGAAUAUCUUUGUAAGAAACAAGGUCUUAUACUUGAACAUGUUGAAACGCACAAAAAAAAAUUUGGAUUCGUUAAAGUUCAUACUCCGUUUGAUAUUCUCUUGCUUACUGCUGAAAAUAUGCGUAUGAAACUACCGAUUGAGAAAAUUGAAGAAAAUGAAGAUGCAAACGAGGCAUCAAGACCUGAAGCUACCCAUUCAGCUUGGAAUCGUUGUGUACAAUGGUUAAAAAAUUCAUUUUAUCUUGAUGCAUCAUUGAAAAAGAAUGAUCCAGACUAUUACACAGCAAUCUAUUCAUCGAAUAUCGAUAAAUUUAAAGAUUUAUUUGAUACAUUACGUGGUUCAAGAGAUGCAUAUUUCACAUCAACUGAACGAAGUUUAUUGACACAUGAAUUAUUAUCAAGAGCUCACUGUGAUUAUGAUGAAGAUGAUGAAGAUGAGAAGCAACCAGUACGAGCCAUAACAUUGCCAAUUACCAAUACAACAGCUCAAUCAAGGACAAAUUCCAGGCGAUCUGGUAUUGAUCGAUUGGUAGCUAAGAAAGCGUAUGAUUGCUAUUUUCCUUUACAUGAGCCACUUCAAGCGGAUCUUACAAAUAUUGAUGAUAGUGAAUUAAAUGAAAGAGAAAAACUAAAAAAGCAUUGGGCAACAAUGCGUCAAUUUUUUAAAUUUCAGCCGUUAUCUUUAAUACGUUCAUAUAUGGGUGAAAAAGUUGCAUUUUAUUUUGCACUUUGUGGUUUUUAUAAUAAAAUGUUAAUUCCACCUGCAUUAAUCGGUUUUAUUAUAUUUAUCUAUGGCAUCAGUAGCGUUUUUUCAGAUCAACCAACAUCUGACAUCUGUGGAAGAUUAGGACAAGAAACAUUUAUGUGUCCACGAUGUGAUAAAACAUGCCCAUUUUGGAAGCUCAGUGAUAGUUGUUUUCAGUCAAAAGUUUCAUAUGUAUUUGACAAUGCAGCUACAGUUAUUUUUGCUGUUUUGAUGUCUUUAUGGGCUAGAUGGUUUAUUGAAUUUUGGAAACGUCGACAAGCAGUCUUGCGAUAUGAUUGGGACUCCAUGGGCUUUGAAGAGCAUCUUGAACCAAUACGACCAGAGUUUGAGAUUAGAGCGAAGAAAAAAGGCGAGGAACGUGUGAAUGCAGUUACUGGGAUAAAAGAGCCAUAUGUUUCAACUCGAACCCGUUUGCCUUUCUUUUUAGUCGCAGCUUCUGUUGUUUUAUUUAUGAUGGCUAUUGUAUGCACAACUGUUUUUGCAACAAUUGUAUAUCGUUCUCGAAUGGAUUUCAUUUUGAAAAAUACAAGUGCUAAAUCAUAUUCACCAAUUAUAAUAACGGUAACAAGUGCAAUUAUGAAUCUUAUUUGUUCUGUUAUAUUAUCACAAUUUUAUUAUUGGAUUGCACGAAAACUAACUGAUCUUGAACUUCAUAAAUAUCAAUCGAAAUAUGAUGAUUCAUUGACAAUUAAAAUAUAUCUCUUUCAAUUUGUGAACUUUUAUUCAUCGUUAUUUUAUAUUGCAUUUUUUAAAGGACGGUUCUUUGCCUAUCCAUCAAAAUAUAAUACAUCCAGUUCAGGCAGUUUUACUGAACAGUGUGAUCCAGCAGGUUGUUUGGUAGAACUUUCUAUACAAUUUAUUAUUAUUAUGAUUGGCAAACAAAUUAUAAAUAAUUUGAUUGAAUUCUUUUAUGCUAUGCGUCGUACAUUAACACGAAUGUGUUUUAAACGUAGUGAACCUGAAGCACAACAACAAUGGGAAAAGGAUAAUGAAUUAUAUGAUUUUACUUCGAAUACAUUGACCGAUGAAUAUUUGGAAUUGGUUAUUCAAUUCGGCUUUGUUACGCUGUUUGUUGCUGCUUUUCCACUUGCACCAUUAUUUGCUUUGUUUAAUAAUAUAAUUGAAAUACGUUUGGAUGCAUGGAAAUUUCUAUCGAAAUAUAAACGACCGAUACCAUUUAAAGCGUUUGAUAUUGGCAUAUGGAGUGAUAUUAUAUCGAGUAUAUCAUAUUUUGCUGUUCUAACAAAUGGAAUUGUUAUCGCAUGGACAUCGGAAUUCAUUCCAAAAAUGGCUUAUCGUUCCAUAGAAUCAACAGGAGGAAGUCUGAACGGUUAUCUUAAUUGGACACUUUCUUCAUUCAAUAUCAGUGAUUAUAAUCUUACCGGUACUAUGCCACAAGAAGUGCCAGAUAAUUUAACUAUCUGUCGUUAUCGUGAUUUUCGUGAACCAAAUGGACCACAUUAUUCUCAAACAUCAAUGUAUUGGAAUGUUUUAGCUGCUCGUCUUGCUUUUAUUAUUGUUUUUGAACAUGCUGUCUUUUUUAUUAUUUACUUAAUGGAUUGGUUAGUGCCAGAUGUACCACAAACAAUUCAAAAUAAAAUUAAUCAUGAACGAUAUAUUGAUCAAUAUGAGCGGUGGGCAAGUAAAACAACCGAAAAGAAUUUUAAACAUGCUGCCAUCGCAUCAGAAGCAAUAUUCAAAAUGGCGAAUCCUUUGAGUGGCAAAAGAAAAGAUCCUAUCAACGAAGAUGAGAAUUCUUCAAAACACUCACGAAAUCUAAAAACUUAA